AUGGAGGAGGGCGCAGCUGUGGAAGAUGGUCGGGACGGUCCCCGGGAGCGGCUAGGCUCGGGUGAAGCUGGGAGGCAGCAGCAGAACCAUGAAGUGCGGUUUCAAUCCCGGGCCAACCGGUUUCCAAAGCAUUCCUAUUGGUUGGAUCUCUGGCUCUUCAUCCUCUUGGAUGUAGUGUUGUUUACCUUCGUGUAUCUUUUACCAUGAAUGGUUUGCCUGAUGUCUAGAUUAAGAAGUUGGCUCCUGGAGUGGAUUCUGAAA